AAAAACCACUAUAAUUCGAGUUUGUAUACAUACUGUGUAUGUAACUUGUUGGGAAAGAUAACAUUUAUAAAAGCCCUAAUUUAUUCGCACACAAACGCACAAACUAGAUCAAUUUAACCGGAGCUCCGAUCUACACAACAAUGACUCAAGACGUUGAAAUGAAAGAGGUUCCGGCGCCGGCGCCCUCUAAUUCCGUCACGGCCGCUACUCCCUCCACUCUGCAGCAUUUGAAGGAGAUUGCUUCGUUGAUUGAGUCUGGUGCUUAUGCUCGCGAAGUUCGUCGGAUUCUCCGAGCAGUUCGGUUGACGAUUGCGUUGAGAAAGAAGCUUAAUGCGUCUGUUGUCAAUGCGUUUCUCAAUUUCUCUCUGGUUCCUGGAUCUGAGGUUCAUGCUCGUUUGGCUUCAUAUCUUCCAAAGGAAGAUGAGCAUGAUAUGGAAGUUGACACUGCAAUGUCUGCAACUACAGCCCUCGCAAAACAUUCCUUGCCUGAGCUCGAGAUUUACUGCUAUUUACUUGUGCUAAUAUUUCUCAUUGAUCAGAAGAAAUACAGUGAGGCUAAAGCUUGUUCCUCAGCAAGUAUUGCCCGGGUGAAGAACUUGAAUAGACGAACUGUGGAAGUUUUAGCAUCCAGGCUCUACUUCUAUUAUUCCCUUAGCUAUGAACUUACAGGCGAUCUGGCUGAAAUUCGGGGAAAUCUACUGGCCUUGCAUAGGAUUGCAACACUUCGCCAUGAUGAGUUGGGACAGGAAACUCUUCUCAAUCUGCUACUACGCAAUUAUCUCCACUACAAUUUAUAUGACCAGGCAGAGAAACUAAGGUCAAAGGCACCUCGAUUUGAAGCCCAUUCCAAUCAGCAGUUUUGCCGCUACUUGUUUUACCUAGGAAAGAUUAGAACUAUUCAGCUGGAGUAUACUGAUGCGAAAGAAUCACUGCUCCAAGCUGCCCGUAAGGCCCCUGUUGCAGCUCUUGGUUUCCGAGUCCAAUGCAACAAGUGGGCGGUGAUAGUACGCCUACUAUUAGGAGAAAUCCCAGAGCGGACUGUUUUUAUGCAGAAGGGAAUGGAAAAAGCAUUGAGGCCGUACUUUGAACUUACAAAUGCUGUACGAAUUGGGGAUCUGGAGCUCUUUAGAGCUGUGGCUGACAAGUUCGCUAGCACAUUCACUGCAGACCGGACCCAUAAUCUGAUUGUCAGGCUUCGUCAUAAUGUCAUAAGAACUGGGCUUCGCAACAUCAGUAUUUCAUACUCCCGCAUUUCAUUAGUGGAUGUGGCCAGGAAGCUGAGAUUGGACUCUCCAAAUCCUGUUGCUGAUGCUGAAAGUAUUGUAUCCAAGGCAAUAAGGGAUGGAGCCAUUGACGCCACCAUCGAUCAUGCAAAUGGGUGGAUGGUGUCAAAGGAAACCGGAGACAUUUACUCAACAAAUGAGCCACAAGCAGCUUUUAAUUCCAGGAUAGCGUUUUGCCUUAACAUGCAUAAUGAAGCUGUUCGUGCACUUCGAUUUCCCGCAAAUUCUCACAAGGACAAGGAAAGUGCUGAGAAGAGGAGAGAGAGACAACAGCAGGAGCAAGAGCUUGCAAAGCAUAUAGCCGAGGAAGAUGAUGAUGAGUUUUAAGCUUUCAUGCACAUGACUAGGUGGCAUUGAGCUAUGACUCUUCUACAGCUGUUGCCACAAAUUUGGAUCAUAUUAUAGACAGCGACAGAUUCUCUUUACCUUAUUUUCCUUUCAAACGAAUUUGUUGUCUGGAGUAUUUGAUCGUAUUGUUACUUGAUGUCGUUUUUCCUCCUCUGCUUUUAGACUUUACUCUUUGAGUUAACUUGGUUAUGUUUGUAUGGUGAGGGGAUCCCUUUUAGGUGGAUGUUUACUUGAGAAUUUUUCCAUUCAA